CACUAGCUGGUAUAAAGAUGUCAAAAAACUUGAGGAUGUUGUAAAUCGUGAUCGGCUAAAAAGAUACAUAUGUCAAGAUAACGGAAUGUUCUUACUUGAGGUAUGGUAUGGUGAAAAACCAGAAAUUGUUAUUCCUCGAAGAAUACAAAAAAUUAAGGGUUUCGUUAAUCAAACAUCCAAAUUUUCAACCUAUAAUAUCGAAAAAACUAUUCUAAUGGAAGAAAACUUUCAAUCAAAUAAUAUUGAGAUUUUUUUUAAUUACUUGCAAUAUCAACCCGUUCGAUUUAUUUCCACAUCCAAAGAAAUUAUGAAAGACUGGCUCUCAAAAGACGCGCAAAUCCGCUGGAGACCCUCGCGUCAAUCGAGUAUAGUGAAGCCACUAUUUAGCCAGAUAAACACAAACGCACAACUUGCUGGAGACGUACCCACGGACAGCGGGUCAAAUGGAAGGCCAAAUGACGAACUGCCUGCAAGUUGUAUAGACACGUAG